AGUGGGAAAUACUCGGUGACGUAGAGUCUAUAAAAAUUGAGAACAUGUUGAAGACCUUGGGACUGCAUGCGAAGCAAUCACACUGACAGGGUUGAAGAUAGCUAUGCAGGCUUGCUCGAUAAUUUAAGUACUUUCUAUUCUCGCAGACAUCUAAGAAUAAAGGUCAUUCAGUCUCUUGACCAGGUCUGCUGACACUAUGGCUAACACGUUACGUCUUGCUGUGUAUCCCGUGACUCAAGUUGUAGUCCUGAUUGAGCAAUGUUUGUUUAUACUGGUAGGUUGGUAUGACAGAUAUCUCUAUUCGCCGCUGCAAGUCACGCUGUGGCCACUGGUGGAAAAGGUUCCCAGGUCAAUAGUUCUGGAUGGCCGUGAGGUCAACAUUUUCACUGCCAACAUAGUCUCUUGGAGCCGGACGGUGCUGGCUAUACCCAUAGCACUCACCCUCAAGCACCAGUACUAUUGGGCGGGCUUCUGGCUGGUAAUGUUCCACGACUUCCUGGAUCACCUUGAUGGGAUCGUUGCCAAGGUUCAGAAACAAAAGUACGGACAACUAGACGAUCCGCUGGUCGGCGGUUUCAUGGAUGCUUUUUGUGACAAGAUAGUGAAUGUCCUCUCAUUAUGGAGCAUACUCAUGGUAACAGACUUCUCACACAUGACGUGGCUACAGAGUGCAGUCUAUCUCGCGGCUUGUGCUACCAUCAUUGGCUACGAGUUCACGCUGGGCGUCGUCCGUGUGCAGGACUUCUUCAGGGCCUACUACUUCAGAGAGUUCAAGAAGACGGACGAGACGUCAGAGAAGACCAGCACUGCUGCAGUCAUGGAGGGUAAGCUGAAGGAGAAACUGGAAUCUAUCGGCAUCGCCACACUGUGUCUAGCUCAGGGUCACUUGAACCCCUUCAAUGGUGCCUCUGGAAUUAUUGGUGUCACGUGUCUUAUCCUAUCCAUACGAUUGGCUCACUCAAGUCUGGCCAGCAAACUGGAUGCGCGCGAGCCUCAGCUGAGAAGUCAGGCACGCGCAUGGGAUGACGAAGACGAGACCAAAUAUUCAGCAAACAUCAAGGAGCUGAAAGAGACAAAGUCAAGUGACGCUGAGACCCAGGUGGAUAUAACCGAACUGGAUGCAGACGCCAAUGAAAACACCGAGAAAUCUCGUAACACCGACGGCGUGUCCCAUGACUCGGACUUCCACAGAAGUUUCUCCAUGCCAGGUUUGGUCCUCUUCAAUGAGAACACACUGGACUGCAGAGUGGAGAGAGUUUAUACAGUAGGCUGCUUUGAUCUGUUCCACUAUGGUCAUAUUAGGCUUCUAAAAGAAAUGAGAAAGUAUGGAAAAAAGGUCAUUGUCGGGGUUCACGACAGCAGGAGUAUUUAUCAAUUAAAAAAGAGAGUACCGGUAGACAGUACCGUGACCCGGAUGAGAAAUGUCAAGGAAUUCGCAGACGAGGUAUUUUGUGUGGCUGGUACUGAUCCCAGCCCGUUCAUUGAGUACAUUUUCGACAGAAGCAGCCUCAAAAACAACGCCAUCUACAUCCGGGGUGACGACAUGCCCGAGUUUCCCGCCAAAAAAGUCUGCGAGAGGUUGAUGACCGUAAAGUUCUUGCCGUACACAGAGGGCGUGUCGAGCACAAAGCUGCGGAAGAAUAUCAUCAACUCCAGCAACGUCGAUGCGGUUUUCAAGGAUGUUCAUGGCGAUAUCAUGCCAUAUUAAUUAUUAAUAUUGGGACUGCUUUUAUGAAAUCAUUAGGCCUAUAAACAGUGACCGUAUAGGUCUAGCUCGGGAACAUACAGUCUUAUAACGAUUUUUUCCCCGUUUUUUUUAUCGUGUGUCUUUAAAUCUUUCAUGGCGACACACAUCUUUAUCUGACUUAGUCAUUAACAGAUAUGACAAUUAUCUCACCCAGAGAUUUGUGUAAAAACACGAUUCCUUCGUGGCCUAUAAUUUUAAUGGCUGUUGUGUAAAAAUAAUAUAAUGUUUUGAGAUUAGUUUUAAUUUCUGUUUACAAAAUCUCAAACGCUAACAUGAAGCUUUUGUGUGUGUCAGUGUAAUAAAGGAUGUGUUUGUUAUACUUUGCUCGAGGUAUUCAAUAUGAUACUGACUCGUGCAUACGUUAUCUAUUUAACAGUCUGUUUCUUUUUAACAAAUUGAAUGAAGAUAAACUUACAUUGAAAUGUAAAUAAUAACAUUAGCCGAUCAUGAUUAAAUGAGAAGGAGUCGUUGUGAAAACUGACAAGCCGCAAAAAAUAAUAAAGUUCUAAAAAAAACCUAUUUGACUUUUUGAAGAAAACAAAACAGGGGGGGGGGGAGCAACUGACAAAAAUGCAAAAAUAAACAGCCAAAACAAUUGUUUUUCUCAGACGCCAAAAACAAUGAAACUCGACUAAAUCCUCAGCGUGCCACUACGGUGUACCGAGUGUUCUCAAACAAGCUGACAAACUGAAACUUUCUUGGUAUUUUAAAGCUGUAUUUCUAGGGUUAGUUUGUACAGUUCCUAUGCUCAUCAGACUUGACAGUUUAAAUAGGCUCUCAGAAAUGUCAACAUAAAGCUUACUGCACCCAGCAAAGUCUGAAAUUAUAUUUAAAUAUGUCUGUCGCUAAUCUCAAGAUGAUUUUUGUAAAGUCUGAUAUUUUUCUGCUGUAUAUAUGGUAAUACGUAAAUAAUUUUAUAAACUAAACAUCACGAUUAAGGAGCCUAUCAGUUAAUGUAGACGAUGAAUUGAAAAAAGUUUGGAGUGCAAUAUACAUUUAUAUAUAUAUUUGUUGUUGUAGAUUCUGAAAGUGCAUUCUGUUUAUCAUGUUUUGUGAUUGCUUCAUUUAUUUAUUCUUGAUGGGAGUGUUUUUUUUGUUUUUUUUUUUUGUAAAUAUUUGAAUUUAUCAUUGUUUCAGCUGCUUAGCACUCUGUAAAACAAUGAAAACUGAUACGGACACUUAUCAAAACUUCUGCCUUCGAAAAAAUAAUAAAUCUUUUCUUCGAGUCCCAUGAUUAAUUAGGAGCAUGGUAUUUCACGUGGCAACGCAGACCCAGCUGCGACCAACAUAUUGUGCCACAACCGGUGCAGACAUAAUUGUUGGCUGGUGGUGGUCGAUUUAGGUUCACUUUUCGCCGUCUGACGUCUGUCAUAGGCAGUGAAUUUUCUUUUGGUCCCGCGGUCUUUGUAAGAAACCUUCUUCAUCGCGCUAACGCACUGAGUGCAGAGGAAAAUUGCCAAAUUAUCUCAACCAUAUAGAUCAUAUAUCUAGUUUUGAUUGAUAUAGAUUCUUGAUCCAAUAUAGCCUCUGUCGCAGCGUAAAGGGGCGUAACUUACUUUCUUAGACAUGUAGUUAUGGAGCUUCAGGUUGCAUUAUUUCCCCUGUAACUAACUUUGAUAUCAUGAUUAUUUAGAUGUAGAUUUAGUCGCUUCACUUCAUGUAAGGCUCUGAAGUAAAUUGAACUCUGGAAAGUGGUGGAGUGGCUAAUAGUUCAAGAACGGAAUUACUUGAGCCAACACUUAUCAUAGUGAUUUAAGAAGUGUUUAAAAAACGGAACUGCUUUUUCUUUUAAAAUAACAUUACUGGAGUCGAGACAAGGGCUCUUUAGAUUACAAUCUCAGAGAAUCAUUUCUUACCUUUUAAAUGUUAGCAAUCAUAGCAGAUUGCUGUUUCAGUUCCAUGCUCUACUAAUUUACCUAUGAUUAUGGUGUACAGAUCUAUGUUAAAUUUCAUUACUACUCUGAAUUAUUGUAAAGUGACUGAUAACGACUAUAUUUCCCUUGUUCUAGAAACAGUAAAUUGCUUUUGUAUUGUAUAAUAUUAUUCAGUAAACGACCACAUUAUGGUACAUAAGCCUCAUUACAUAUAGUUGGAAGUUAAUUUAUUGUUGUAGAUGUUUGAUGUUUUAUCAGGACAAUUAAAAUUAAUUGUUUCA